AAAAGCUUAAAAAACAUCGUGUUAAAUUUAAGAAAAUAGUAAAAUAUAGAACCAGUUUUGGAAAGUGCCGCGCACUGAGCGCCUUAAAUAAACAAUGAAUUUAACCAGCGAAGCCUUUCAGUGCCCACUGCCCGAAAUCGUGGGUCAAAUUGUCAAUGCCUCAACGUCUUUUUACUCCAUGCGCAUACCGCGAGAGCUAAUGGAAGGAUAUUUUGACUGUCAUAGCUUCGCGCGUCUGCUCCUCCAUGCGGAUUGGCAAAAUCAGCUGCGCGAGUUUCCCGCUUUAAUCGGAUUUCUGUGCACCUCCAUAAUCAUGACUGUACUCGGCCUGACUUGGUUUAUUUACGAGUGCGUGCAUCAGAAGACUUAUCGCGCCGAAAAUCUCUUCGAGCGUUACUUGCGUUUAGCGCUUUCUAUUACGAUCUUCUUCCUGGUUUUGCCAUAUAUCUUCUUUCUGUGGCUUGCAUUUGAGUCUUAUAGCUCAACAGAAACUAUACAUAACGGCACCACUGAUGCUAAUGCUGAAAACUUGCGUCUUAGCGGUUUCUUCGAAAAGUAUAUACCACCGCUUCAAGUCGAGCCAUUGUCCGCGCAACAUCUAGAUCACAUACGAAACGAAGUGAAGAACUUCUCGAAGCAUUUAGCUGCACAAGCGGAGAUCGUUGCUCCGAAAGUCAUACAAAAGGGGGAACGCAGUAUUUUGGGAAAACUAUCCGUUAAAAGCAUAGAUCUGAUGCCGCUCAUACAGAAAAUGCAGACGGAGCUUCAUAAUCUUAUAGCGGACGUCAUGCAGCUAAGUGAUCAUACCCGUUUCUUCUAUCGUAACACCACAGCAUUAUUGGAUUUGCAGUACGUAAAUUUCAAUGAUUAUUCUACGCUGCUAUUCAACGAAUUUGAGGCAAAUGAACAACAGAUUGUGAUGCUCCUGAACAUCAAUAACACUUUGGUGAAACUCAUGGAAUUAGUCUUCUUCGCUUCAACUCUGAACGAUAUGCGUGAAAACCUAACAACUAAUAUGUACACUGAGUUUGACAUACUCGGAAAAGACCUGAAUGCAACCGUGACCAGGAAGACGCUCGAGUACACCGCACUCGAUGAGAAAAAGCUCGCACAACUUGCACGUCUUCAUCAUGGGACGAGCACAAACCCAGAUUUCUUUUUGUCACCCAACUUGAGUCACCUGGAAGCCGUCUAUAGCAUAGUAGCUACUCUAAUACUUGCCUUACUCUUCGUAUACCUUGGAGACUUUGUAAUUGGUUCAAGGAAUCGCACCGUUACCAGGUAUUUGUUGAUGAGCAUCAUUAUCACUAUUUCUGUUAGCUUGAUAUUGCUCUGCUUGUUUGCUAUCUGGCACUUUCUGCAUGGCGUUGUCUAUUACAAUUACCACAGAGAGAUCAAUGAAAAUGAAAAUUUCUGCAAUCUAACCGAAUUCCAUUACUGUAGCUUGCAUAAUCAAGUGCGUUCUAUUGGACACGCCCAAGAUAAGCUAAGACUCUCACUCACUAGCUAUGCGAUAAAAGAUUUUUGUAGCCAUAUAUACUACUACAAUAACAAGCCAGAAACACAACAAUGGACUCAAGAGCUCAACCAGCAAUUGCCUUUCUUCGAACAGAUCUACCGAUCUGGCGCCAUGUUUGAAGUUGCACGGCAGGAGCUGAACUUGGAAAACUGGUAUGAAUUAUACAAUACGUUGUACAACUACAACAUCGCCGAGUCCAACCCGGAGCACAGUAAUACGCAGCAUAAAAUGCUCGCUUGCAACUUGCACACGAUUAGAGAUUACAUUUUUGAACAACUCUUCAAACGCAACAUUGCCGCAAGCAUAUUGAAGCUGACGCAGCAGUCUGGGAAUCUGCGCACCCAUUUACCGGGCAACAAUCUAACACGACUCAUUAAGCGCGUGUUGCGUGAGGCGCAGGAGUUGUCCGAUUUCUGUCAUACGCUCGAAAAUCUGCUGCAAGAAAAGAUCGAAAAUAUUAGUGAGUUGCUAGCACGAGAGCUAAUGAGCCAAGUUGCACCGCUGUUUGAGCAGUUUCCACGCUGUGAAGAUCUGCGUUUCGCCAGUUUGGGCAUUUCACGUGAAAUGUACGAGUGCAUCGAGUGCUCUCUGCAUGGUUUUCACAUUGGCGCCUUUGGCAUACUCAUUAUUCUCUUCAUCGUACUACUCUUCUGCAUUUGCUUGGUCAUGCUCUAUGAGAAGCAAGCAGCAAUCGGUGUCAUUCGUAGCUCGAGUUUACUCGGAAUGCGUUCACGCGAAUAUGCCGCGUCUGACAACUCUCCCGGCUCAUGGGCAAAUCAAGCAGACUCUGGUGGCAGAAGGAUCUUUAUAAAACGCCCUACACGCGUUAGGUUCAUAGAACCACCUAAAAUAAAGCGUCGACGUCGGCGGUGAUAUUUUGCGGCGACGGAGGUAAGUAGCAAGUUGGCCUCAAAACGUGCUCCACAAGUCAAGAAGGCACUUCAAAGAGUAAAGAUGGUUACUUCAGAGUAAAUGGUUUUAACAGCU